AUGGCUGGUGGUCUCGUCAAAUAUCGUCACCUUUCGCGGCAUUCCGCGCACCGCAAAGCCCUGCUGCGGAACUUGGUCCAAUCUCUCAUCGAACACGAAUCAAUCUCGACCACAUGGCCUAAAGCGAAGGAAGCACAGCGGCUAGCGGAAAAAUUGAUCACCUUGGGAAAGAAAAACACAACAGCGAGCAGAAUCCAGGCGACCAAGGUAUUCUUCGUAAGUCGGGCCGGAGGACGUGGUAACACAUUCGCGCAGGGCAUGCAUUGACAGGCGUUGGAAACAGCAACCGCAGAGGUACAUUCCGAAAGUCUUUGAAGAACUCCGAUUACGAUAUGCCAACAGACCGGGCGGAUACACUCGUGUUCUACGCAUUGAACCUGAGAAGGAAGAUCAAGCACCUUCUGCCAUCCUGGAAUUGGUGGACGGACCGAAAGAUAUGAGGAUGGCAUUGACAGCAAAGACUAUUGCGCAUAUGAGACAUAAGGCUGGGAGUUCUGAAGAUUUCGAGUUGAACGAUAUGACGGCGCACAACGUGCAAAAGGUGACGAGGUUUCGCCGGAACGGAGAAGAGGAUUUGGAGGAGUUGGUGAAGAAGUUUGAGACAUUAUACGCAGAUGGGGAUGGCGGCGUAGAGGAGGUGAAGAAGAAGAGAGUGUACCACGAAAAUGAGCAGAGCAGAUGA